AUGGCGGUGGAGACGGUUGGGAGAGAAAAAAACAGUGUUCCGUUUGUAAGAAAUUUAGGAGGUGUGCCAAAAGAUGACAGUUCCCUUAUUCGACCAGUUAAAAGCGUUUCGGAGGAAGCAGAUGUAUUUUCAGAUUCAGACACACUUCUUCACGAGGAGUUUGUUGAUUUAUAUGACUGGCUUAAACCGUGGCCGUUAGAACGGGUUCUUCGAUUUAGCGUUUUUAAUAGAAUAAAGAAGGUAUUGCUGAGGUUGUGGCCGGACGCAAAAAUUCGCCCAUUUGGUAGCCUUCACACAGGACUGUUUCUGCCAACUUCUGACAUUGAUGUCCUUGUAGAAGACAACACAUUACCUCCCGAUUAUCUUGAGAGAACGGCUAAAGAACUUCGGAGUUCUGGGAUGGCAGAAAAUAUAGUAGUGGUGGAUACUGCUUCUGUACCUAUUGUUAAAAUGGUUGAUGCGGAUACAGAAAUUUUUCUUGAUAUAUCGUUUAAUACUGCACAAGGUUUAAGAGCUGCUGAUUACAUAAAUGAGAUGAGGAUUUCUUAUCCCCUUUUGGAACCUUUGGUAUUUAUACUGAAACAGUUUUUGGUUGAACGAAAUUUGAACCAGACUUUUACAGGCGGACUUUCUUCAUAUGGGCUCGUUUUACUAAUCAUCAAUUUUCUCCAGAUUGGUUCGUCUGAAGACUAUAGGAAAAAGACGAUGAAAGAAGUAAACAUGGGUCUUGUGCUGCUUAAGUUUUUUCAGUUUUACGGUCAAGAUUUUAACUAUGUAAAACUUGCUAUUAGAAUUUCUGAUGGAGGCUCUUACCCGCUUAGAGAAGAACUUCGAAGACAAAUGAGUAGAGUUUCAGGAUCUCUUUUAUGCAUAGAGGAUCCGCUGCAGCCAGAAAAUGAUAUCGGACAUUCCUCUCAUAACUUCAUGUGUGUUCGUCAAGCUUUUGAGCAGGCUUUGUGGAUCUUGAGCAGCGUUUUUGUUUGCGCUAGUACUGGUCGUUGUAAAUGGUGGAGUGGUUACAAAGGCUCGCUGCUUGCUUUCGUUUUUGUAAUCUCAGAAAAACAUAUCAGAUACCGUGAGUGGCUUCAGGGUCGUUUGUUGGCAGAUAAUGCUCCUGCUCGUCUAUCUCCUUUGAUACCACCAGAAAUCACUUCGCCGUUGAACUGGUCGCAACUUUUUGCAUCUGCUCCUCCUCCUAUCAUCCGUCGUCAGUGCUCUUACUCCUCAGCUCUCGACCUCUCUUAG